GAGUUUCAAAGGCGGUUUUGCGCCAAAGGGCGGGAGUGAGCGGACGGUCGGAUGCGCAAGUGUGAGAUCCGACGGUGCGCGAUCGAGUAAGAGAAUGUAGCGUGUCAUUCUUUCGUCACAUUCUACCAGGGUUUCACUCUCUUGUGAGGAGCUGUAGCUAUGGCGCCAAAGAAGAAGGAUGCCGGUAAGGGCAAAGGGAAGGAUGCGGCAGCGGCGGCUGUGGAUGCUGGGCCGAGCAUACAGGAGCUUCAAGCUCAGAUCGAUGGGAUCACUGCCGAGAGAGACAAGGAGGCCAAGCAGAGAAAUCGCUCGCAGAUUGAGAGGGACAAGCUAAAUUGUUUCAUGGAAAUCAAAAAGAAAGAAAGGGAGCAUGCGGAGGCGGAACUGCGGAUCAAGGAUAGACAAAUGGAGGAGAUUGCUGAGAAGCAUCAAACUGACCUCAAGGUUUUCAGCCAGAAGAUGAAGCAUCUUCUAUAUGAGCAACAAGUUCUCGUGAGUACUGUCAAGGGGGAUAACGAGCUUGCUUUGAAGCUACAGCGAGAAGAAGCAGCCACUCGAGAAAGCCAGCUCUUGGACGAACAGCGUGACUUGAAAGAUAAGAUCAGGGAGGUUGAGCUGAGUUACGAAGAACAACUGAAGCAAAUGAAACAGGAUCACGCAAAGGAGAUUACCAAAAUGAGGCGAGAGUUUGAUAUAAAUGCCAAGGAUUUGCUGCUUAAAACGGAGAAAAAGAUGAGACAAGUGCAAGCCGAAAACGAUCUUCGCAGAAAACAAGAGAUUCAUGAAAUUGAAGAGCGUAAAAACUUGCAUAUUUCAGAGCUUAUAAAAAAGCACGAAAAAGCUUUCUCUGAAAUCAAAUGCUACUACAAUGAUAUCACUCAGAACAACCUUGACCUCAUUAAGACGCUGAAGGAAGAUAUCAACGACAUGAAGAGAAAAGAACAAGCAAAUGAAAAGCUUAUGUACGAGAUCUCGCAAGAAAACAAGAGGCUGACAGAACCUUUGACACGGUCUCUGAAAGAAGUUGAAAGCCUGAGAAAACAGCUGGACAGCCACGAAAAGGAUCGACAAUCACUACUGCAACUACGAGGCCAACAUUCAGAUGUUCUGAAGCACACAAGCCAGCUCGAGUGGGAAUAUAGGAUAGUUUUGGAUAAACUUGAAAAAGUCCAAGCUGAUCGGGACGAUCUGUACGCAAGAUUUGAAGCUUGUGUCUUUGAUGUCCAACAAAAGUGCGGUGUAAAAAGCACCCUCCUUCAGAGACAAGUCCAGGUGCUUGGGGAACAGCUCGAAAAGAAGGAAGCACAACUUGGAGAGGCAUUGGGGAAUGGCAAAAUGGAUCCUGCUACAGUGCAUCUUGUGAAGUAUGGCAUUGACAAGAUGUUGGAAGCAAAGAAUCAACAGAUCAAGACUUUGUAUUACGAGUUGGGACGGGUAACGAAGGCAUAUACUACUAUCAUGAGAAAUUUCGAAGCGAAGCUCGCAGAGUAUGGUAUCCCGUUGCCAGAGAUGGGUUUGCCUCACUACAUUAGCAAGAUAAGACUAUGACGAUCAACAA